UCUGCUUUAAGUCGUCGUCUGUGAGGGGUCAAGUGUGAAGAGCAGGGUUGUGGACCUAAACGGUCAACAUCUACGCACAAUUUGCUUCGAAAUCACACGCCAGACCAACAUCAUACUUCGGAAAGAACCUGCUUUUGAAAAAUUCGUGUGAUUUUAAAUCUGGUAGCGAUUCGUAUUACGCGAUUUGGACCAUGGACUUACAAUGCCGAGAGGGAUUUGGUCUUCGACACAGUUAUAAAGAUCCCAUACUUCUUAAUGAUGAGCGUGUUUUGAAAAAUUUACUGUCAUACGAAGAGCGCUAUAUGCCUAGUGCUACAUAUUUAACUGUUUUGCAAAAUGAUAUAAAGCCCUACAUGAGGAAGAUAGUCGCAUCGUGGAUGCUUGAGGUGUGCGAUGAACAGAAUUGUGAAGAAGAGGUUUUUCCAUUGGCAAUGAACUAUUUAGACAGAUUUUUAUGUGUAUUAGAGAUAAAAAAGAGCCGCUUACAACUCCUUGGAGCAAGUUGCAUGUUUUUGGCGAGCAAACUUCGUGAUAGUAGACCGUUAACAGCAGAAAAGCUUGUCAUUUACACCGACAAUUCCAUCACAUUAGACGAACUCAUGAGUUGGGAACUAAUAGUUUUGGACAAAUUGCAGUGGGAUAUAUCUGCUGUUACGCCACACGACUUCUUGGACCAUUUAUUUUUGAGAUUACCAUUUCAUUUCAAUGAGGAAAGAUUAGCUGUUGUCCGUAAGCAUGCUUCAACAUUCAUCGCUCUAUGUUGCACUGAUAUUCGCUUUGUGCUGUACACACCAAGCAUGAUAGCAGCAGGAGCAGUCUGUGCUGCUGUGGCUGGAUUUAGGCAUGAUUUCCCCAUCACGAGAAACGAAAUGCUGCUACUUAUGAGCAAAAUCACCAAUAUUGACCAGGAGUGUCUUGGUUCAUGUGAAAAUCUUAUUGAAGAAGUUUUACAUUUAAAUAUCAUCAAUACAGAAGUAGAUUCCCAGACUAAAUUGAGUGAACAAUCUAUGACACCAACAGAUUUAGAGGCUGUGAAAUUAUCAUAGCUUUCGUUAUAUUUCUUUAUACGCGUCUUUCGUCCAUAAAAUAUCACCAAGUCUUGUAUAUAUUGUUAAUAAAGAAUUUAUAUAAACGAA